AGAUGGAGGGAAGCUGACAGACUUACCCCAGCAACUAGGGAAGAUGGCCCAGGCUGGAGGAGUCGUUCCCAAGGCCGACGGUCCCCUUCCCUGAGCCAGGGGGUCAGGGGAAACUUUCCCACCCUGGGCAAGACACAAAAUGGCUCCGUGGCCAAACAAGAACGGCUCUCUGGCUUGGUGGUCAGACGCCCCCACACUGGACCCCAGUGCAGCCAACACGAGUGGGUUGCCAGGGGUGCCAUGGGCAGCGGCAUUGGCUGGGACGUUGUUGGCGCUGGCCACGGUGGGAGGCAACCUGCUGGUAAUCGUAGCCGUAGCCCGCACGCCGAGACUCCAGACCAUAACCAACGUGUUCGUGACUUCGCUGGCCACAGCUGACUUGGUCGUGGGACUCCUCGUAAUGCCACCGGGGGCCACUUUGGCGCUGACUGGCCAUUGGCCCUUGGGCGCAACUGGAUGCGAGCUGUGGACGUCGGUGGACGUGCUCUGUGUAACCGCCAGCAUCGAGACCCUGUGCGCCCUGGCUGUGGACCGCUACCUGGCCGUCACCAACCCUCUGCGUUAUGGCACGCUGGUUACCAAGCGCCGAGCCCGGGCGGCGGUGGUCCUGGUGUGGAUCGUGUCCGCCACGGUGUCCUUUGCGCCCAUCAUGAGCCAGUGGUGGCGCGUGGGGGCGGACGCCGAGGCGCAGGAGUGUCACUCCAACCCGCGCUGCUGUUCCUUCGCCUCCAACAUGCCCUACGCGCUGCUCUCCUCCUCCGUCUCCUUCUACCUUCCGCUCCUAGUGAUGCUCUUCGUCUACGCGCGCGUGUUCGUCGUGGCUAAGCGCCAACGGCGUUUGCUGCGCCGGGAGCUGGGCCGCUUCCCGCCCGAGGAGUCUCCGCAGGCUCCGUCGCGCUCUCCGUCCCCUGGCACCGGCGGGACAAGCGCGGCUCCCGAUGGAGUGCCCUCCUGCGGCCGGCGGCCCGCGCGCCUCCUGCCGCUCCGGGAGCACCGCGCCCUGCGCACCUUAGGUCUCAUCAUGGGCAUCUUCACUCUGUGCUGGCUACCCUUCUUUCUGGCUAACGUGCUGCGCGCCCUCGCGGGGCCCUCGCUAGUUCCCAGCGGGGUUUUCAUCGCCCUCAACUGGCUGGGCUAUGCCAACUCCGCCUUCAACCCGCUCAUCUACUGCCGCAGCCCGGACUUCCGCGACGCUUUCCGCCGCCUUCUGUGCAGCGGCGGUGGCCGCGGGCGGGAGGAGCCACGCGCUGUCCCCUUCCCAGCCAGUCCCGCGGGAGCCGCAGCGGCUCGAGCCAGCUCAGCUGAAUCCAGGCAGAGCCGGCCGCUCCACAGGUUUGGCGGCUAUGAAGGUGAGCAGCCGUUCCCCACAUGAAGGACCACAGAGAGCCACCCAGAAACCUGUGAGUUGAAAUUUGAGCUGCACCUCCCCCGUUCAGGACAGGGUUGGAGCUAUGGGGUGCUGGAUGGUCCCUAUACCUUUGGAAAGUAAAAAUGCUUUGCAGGGUUCCUGAGUCACUGCCCGCUUGCCUUCGGUGCUUGAUUCCAGAUGCCUUGACCAGUUACCCCAAGAAAUAUUAUCUCCAUUUUGCAGGACUUCUGGGAGUUUAUGUUUUGGUUUGGCG